AUGGCUCCGCCUCGCUCCCGGAAAGGGCAUGGUGACAGGGCGGAUGAUGAUGGUAGUAAGCCUACUCGGAAGGAAGAUCUCGCGAACCUCUUUGGUGAUGAUGAUGCUGAUAGAUAUGGUGUGGGGGAUGAUAAGAGAGCCCUUUUCGAGUCCUUCAAGAGUGAGUCGUCGGCCAGAGGAGAACAGGUACCUCGCCACCGUAGACAACACCACGAAGAGGAGGGUGGAGGGAGAGGAGGAGGAGUAUACUAUGCUAAUAAUACCCCAUCAGGUAGUAAGAGCAAGUCCCAGGAGAGAGCGGUAGCAGCAGCCCAGAAGGCAGCAGCCAAACGGUCUAGGGACUCUGAAGGUUUUACCUGGAAGAAGGUUUCUAUCGGUUUACUCUUCCUGUCCCUUUUCAGUGCUGGUGCCUUCUCUACGAUACUCACGAUAUACGACUUCUUAGCUGCUGGGUUCAAGAAUAUUGAUAUUGAGGACGCGCCUGCCCUGAGGAAGGUAUUACUAUCAGGAGAUCCCGCUCUAGUGUACUGUUUUGAUAAAUCCAUGAAGGUGAAUAAGGUUCCCCAGGUGCUAAAAGAUGCAGAUAGGGAUCUACGAGGGAUAGCCUCUACCUACACUAUGGAUUGCCAUCAGCCUUUGCCUGACUCUGGCAAGAGCAUUUAUCAAAAAUACAAGUUUUCAAAUAACCUGAUGCCAGCCUUUGUGGUAGCGAAUGGUGACCGUCCUGUCCAACUAAACUCCAACUCUAUGGCGAAUUCACAGACUGUUGUGGAGUUCGUGAAGGUUCGUACCAAACCCAUAGUCCGGUUCGCUAAGAAUGCUAAGCAAUUGGAUGGGAUGUGCCUUAGCCGUCAGAAAUGCCUUCUUAUUGGAUACCGCACUAAGUUCCCUGAUCAAGUGAGGAAGGUUGUUAGAGAGGCAAUGAUGUCCCAUAGGGGAUUGCGGGUCGUGGCUUUGGAUACAUCCAAAUAUAGACUUAAGAUAGAUCCUGCCAUAGUACCAUCUAAUGAGGAUAGUGGCGAGAGCGAGUCGAAAGGGAAGAGGACAGGGAAGAAGAGCAUGAGGAAGACUCUGUCCUUUAUGUGUUUGAAUACCCCUGAUAGGAAGGUAGACCUGGAUGGUCCCACCAAAGGUAUGGUAGAAGUGUUAUCACUCGUGGAUAAGGGUAAGCAACUUGAAAGGGACUAUGAUGCAGUAUCCUUUAUCAAAGAAUGCGAUUCGGGUACAUCAUCCAGCAUGAAGGAAAUGCUCGAUCUACCCUCGAUAUCCCUCCGCCCACCCAAACAACCUAAAGCUCGUCAGCAAGAACAACAGCAGUCGUCCAGCGGUAGUGCAGCUGCUAAGAAGGGACAUCAAGGGUCUCGAGAGGCCGAGAAGGACGAGUUGGGAAAGCAGAGUGGAGGAGGAGGAGGGCGUGAUGCUCUAGAGGAGGAUGAGCCUCCUGUUAUAACUGAUGUUGAUGAUGAAGAUGCUGAAUGGGAUGCGCUACUCAAUAUGGAAGAGGAUGAUGAUGAAGACGAGGAACUCAACUUAUACUGAUCAGUGUU